AUGAGGAUCCAACCCGCCCCUUGGGAAGUCCGCGCAGCUGCAAAGCGCGCAAGUACACUCAGCAAGAUCCCGGAGGCGUGGCGGUUGUCUCCCGCUGACCUAGACAGAGCCAAGAGCCAACGCGAUCUUACCGGGCCUUUCAUCCAGCAAUUCCUGCAACCUGACGAGAUAUCCAUCGUCUCAAAGGACAGCGUCGAGAUCGUCAAUGAAAUCAAAGAGGGCAAUCUGAGCGCCGUCCAAGUCACGACCGCGUUUUGCAAGACGGCCGCCGUCGCCCAUCAGAUUAACAACUACCUCCAUGAAAUAUUCUUCGACCAGGCACUGGAGCGUGCCAAAGAGCUUGACGCCCUGUAUGCCGAGAAGGGAGAAACCAUCGGUCCCCUCCACGGCCUGCCCAUCAGCGUGAAAGAUCAGUUCCACGUCAAGGGCGUGGAUACGACGAUGGGCUAUGUCGGGUGGAUUGGUAGCAACCUCGGCAUCAAGGAUCCGAGCCAGAUACACCAAGUUGAAAGCCAAAUCACAGCUGAGCUUCUUUCCCUCGGAGCUGUGCUGUUCUGCAAGACCAGCUUGCCACAGACACUGCUGAUGGGAGAAACCAAGAACAACAUCAUCGGCCAGACCAUGAACCCCCACAACCAGAACCUGUCGUGCGGUGGUUCGUCGGGCGGUGAAGGGGCGCUCCAGGCCCUGCGUGGCAGCACGCUGGGCCUCGGGACAGACAUUGCGGGCUCCGUCCGCAUCCCGGCCACUUUCUGCGGCAUCUUCGCGCUCAAGCCCACCGCGGAGCGUCUGUCGUACCGGGAUGCCGCAAACACCAAUCCUGGGCAGAACACGUACCGCUCGACCGUUGGUUUUCUCAGCACUUCGCCUGGAGGGCUGGAACUGGCAUUACGCUCCAUCCUCUCCACUCGUCCAUGGGAGAGAGACCCAGCCGUCGUCCCCAUCCCGUUCCGCCAGGAGGUCGUCGAUAAGUACCGAAGCCGUGCUGACGGUGACGGGAAAGCAACGCAAUCUGAACUUCCCUUGAAGCUCGGUGUCUUAUGGACUGACGGUGUCCUGGGCCCGCACCCUCCCAUCUUGAGGGGCCUUCGCGAACUAGUGGAUGCUCUUAGACAGGCCGGCCACAAGAUCGUCGACUGGAAUCCCCCUUCGCACGCGACUGGGAGAAGGAUCCAUAUUUCAAUGUUGACGGCGGACGGUGCCCAGGAUAUCCACAGUCAUCUCGACCUUUCAGGCGAGCCUUUGAUUCCGGAUCUCCAGGAGCAAUAUCCGCUGAAGCCGCCGAUGUCUCUUUUGGAGUAUCAGAACCUGACCAUUGAGGGUCUCGAGUAUGAGGCCGCGUAUUCCGAUUACUGGAACUCGACUGCAGCCGAAGACGGCCAGAUCGUCGACGCCGUGAUCAUGCCGGCUGCGCCACAUGCGGCCGUCAUCCCCGGAAAGUAUCACUCGCCGGCCUAUACCGAGGUUAUCAACGUGCUGAACUACAGCGCGGUCGCCAUCCCCGUCACGAAGGCGGACAAAUCGAUCGACGUGGUAGACAAGUCUUAUGUACCGCUGAGUGACCAUGACAAGCUGAACUGGGAUGAUUACGAUCCCGAGAUUUACCAUGGUGCGCCGGUCGGCUUGCAGCUCGUCGCACGGAAAUUCGAAGAAGAAAAGAUUCUCGCCAUUGCAGACAUUGUCGUAGCUGCUUUGCAAGCCUACCGCAAGAAUUGA